AUGAACGCACCACAAACGCAAUCCAUGUAUCUGUGUCUCUUCGCGUUGCUUAUAGCAACUUGUGUUGCAUCCGUGCAUAAUGAACAACCCACGCAGAAUAACGAGGACGAUCGAAAGUUUGAAGUAUUCGACGGUGUUUACAUGGGCUUCCCGCGCCAUAAUAAUACUGGGAGGCUAUUCUCCAUUGAAGUCGACACUAACAGAAGUUUAAGUGAAGGUCGAUCAAAAUCGAAAAAGCUUAUGCAGAGGAUUCUACCACUAUUCGUUAUGCCUUUCGUUCUACAGUCAGCAUUGAUACCCUUCGUAUUGGGAAUACUCAAAUUCAUGCUCAUCAAGGCAUUUUUAGUGGGCAAACUGGCGCUCACCCUGAUAAUGUUUAACGCCUUCAAAAACAAUAACUCUUUCAAAGGAAGAGAUGCGGAAAUUGCAAACGUGCACUACGGUUAUCACGGAAAUGGAUUGGAACACUACACUUCAUUACUUAACCGCUGA